AUUGAUCCAAAGGCAUACAUCUUUCCAUUUUGUCUUUACUGCUAAUUUUUCCUGCUUAUGGGUCCUGCUAGGGCUGCUAAAGCCGGCUUAUACGUAUUAUUGAUAUGAUCUCAACAUUGUCGCUUCCUUGUUUCGUUUCCACCACUGUUUACUAGCUUUCAAUCAGUGCCACUAGAUUAUAUAUAUUUCAUCCGUUAAUCAUACCCCAGAAAAGAAAGCAAAGCUAUGGAGGAUCCUAAGAGACUGGAAGAAGGGUUAGGUCAUGAAAAUAAAGACCAGAAUGAGCAGUUUGGUGAGAAAGUGGAUAAAACUAAAGGUGGAGCCAUCAACCAUGAGAAAGAGGAAACAAAUACAGUAGUUGUGGUUGAACAAAAAGAAGAUCAUAAGCAGCUGCAGCAGCAACCACUGGUGAAGCAGAAGACCAAGAGGGUUGCAACCUUGGAUGCUUUUAGAGGGCUUACCGUAGCAUUGAUGAUAUUGGUGGAUAAUGCUGGGGAAGCAUACCCACGAAUAGAUCAUUCACCAUGGAAUGGGUGCACAUUGGCCGACUUUGUGAUGCCUUUUUUCCUCUUCAUUGUCGGGGUUGCAAUUGCUCUGGCUUUCAAGAGAAUUCCCAAGAAGAGGGAUGCAGUUAAGAAGAUAAUCAUACGGACAUUGAAGCUUCUAUUCUGGGGAAUUCUGUUGCAAGGAGGAUACUCACAUGCACCUGGGGAUCUCUCUUAUGGGGUGAACAUGAAAUUUAUUAGAUGGUGUGGCAUUCUCCAGAGGAUAGCAUUGGUAUACAUGUUUGUGGCACUGAUAGAGACGCUAACCAUCAAGCAAAGACAAUCUGUGGUAGAGCCCGAUCAUUUUACCAUUUUCACGGCAUACCAGUGGCAAUGGAUUGGAGGGUUUGUUGCUUUUCUCAUCUAUAUGAUCACAACAUAUGCACUCUAUGUUCCGGAUUGGAGUUUCGAUGUGUACAGCCAUCAUAAACUGGAGAGAUACAUGGUCAAAUGUGGGAUGAGGGGACAUUUAGGACCUGCGUGCAAUGCUGUUGGGUAUGUUGAUAGAGAGGUCUGGGGCAUUAAUCAUCUGUAUCAAUCCCCUGUUUGGAGCCGCUUAAAGGCUUGCACUCUUAGUUCUCCAGGUUCUGGCCCUCUUCGCGAGGAUGCUCCUAGUUGGUGCCGCGCUCCAUUUGAACCUGAAGGCUUGUUGAGUACAAUCUCUGCUAUCCUCUCUGGCACCAUUGGCGUCCAUUAUGGUCACGUUUUGAUUCAUUUCAAGGGUCACUCUGAGAGGCUGAAGCAGUGGGUCUCAAUGGGGUUUGGCUUACUUAUUAUAGCCAUCAUCCUUCAUUUUACAGAUGCUAUUCCUAUCAACAAGCAGCUCUACAGCUUCAGCUAUGUCUGUUUCACAGCAGGAGCAGCAGGAAUUGUAUUCUCUGGAUUCUAUAUACUGAUUGAUGUUUGGGGAUUACGCACGCCAUUUUUAUUCCUGGAAUGGAUAGGAAUGAAUGCAAUGCUGGUAUAUGUGAUGGCCGCUCAAGGUAUCUUUGAAGGAUUUAUCAAUGGAUGGUAUUACAAGUCACCAGAUAACACGCUUGUCUAUUGGAUUCAAGAACAUGUCUUUAUCAAAGUUUGGCACUCUAAGAGGCUAGGGACACUCUUAUAUGUGAUAUUUGCUCAAAUCACAUUCUGGGCAGUAGUUGCAGGCAUAUUGCACAGAUUGGGCAUAUACUGGAAGCUUUGAGAAGUAAAAAUUGCUGAUAAGUUCAUGGAUUAGGCAAUUAGAAAAGCUUGUAAAGUUCACAUGUAUGAUUAAAAUAUUCCAGGUUUCUUUUCUCGUUUGUUGUGCUAUACAGGCUAGUUUAAGAUGACAGUUAGUGCUUCAA